AUGACCGAGACAAAGACCAUGGGCGCCGAGACGGUGCCAACCGCCAGCCAUCACAAUGACAACAAUCCUGGGGAGGCCAUCACUGCCAUGCAAAAUGAGCGCCAGAUGAGCGUGAGGGAUUCGUUUCGUUUCUGGCCGAAAGCCAUUCUCUUCUCGUUCAUCAUCUCUCUAGCUAUCAUCAUGGAGGGCUACGAUACCAACCUCAUGAGCAACUUCUACGCCUUCCCAGCUUUCAUGAAGCGGUACGGUGACCAAGUCGAUGCUAAUGGCGAUCCUCUGGUGUCGGCUCGCUGGCAAACCAUCAUCAACAACGGCACUCAGGCUGGCUCAAUCCUUGGUCUCAUCCUCAAUGGUAUUAUCACCGAGUGGAUUGGCUAUAAGAAAACCAUGGUUGUCGCCAUGACCGCCAUGAUCGGUGCUGUAUUCAUCCCAUUCUUCUCCAACGGUCUUCCAAUGUUCUUGGCCGGUGCCUUGAUCCAGGGCAUCCCGUGGGGUAUCUUUCAGACUCUUGCCGUCACCUACGCGGCCGAUAUUUGCCCCAUGGCCCUCCGAGGAUACAUGACGUCUUGGGUGAACAUGUGCUGGGUCAUUGGCCAGCUGAUCAGCAGUGGAAUGCUUCGUGGACUUCUGCAAAUCGAUAAUCAAUGGGGAUACCGCAUUCCUUUCGCGAUCCAGUGGGUCUGGCCCGUUCCUAUCAUCAUCGGCACGCUCCUCGCCCCAGAAAGCCCGUGGUGGCUUGUCCGCCAGGACCGUCUCGAGGACGCCCGCGAAGCGAUUCGCAAGCUGAUCUCCCCGAAGAGUGACAUUGAUUUUGACCUCGACGCCCACAUCGAGAUGAUGCGCUUGACAAACCAGUUCGAGAUCGAGGUCAGUUCCGGCGCUCACUAUUGGGACUGCUUCCGGGGCGUCGACCUCCGUCGUACCGAGAUCGCGUGCAUGGUCUGGCUGACGCAGUCCUUUUGCGGGGUGCCUUUCAUGGGAUAUGGCACGCAGUUCAUGAUCAACGCUGGCCUCAGUUCGGAGAAUGGAUUCACGAUGAGUCUGGUGCAGAAUUGCAUCGGUCUAAUCGGUUGUAUCAUUACUUGGUACAUCAUGACUCACGUCGGUCGUCGCACUCUUUACCUGGCUGGUCUAUCGGCCAUGUUUGUGAUCCUCGUUGUCAUUGGUGGCAUCGGCAUUCCACAGGAUGCGGCCGGGCUGCCUGCUAGGUCAUGGGCCGUGGGAGCUCUCAUCAUCGUGAUGCUCUUUUCCUUCCAGCUGAGCGUUGGUCCCUCCUGCUACACUCUCGUCGCGGAGAUGCCGUCUACCCGACUUCGCGUCAAGACUGUUGCUCUCUCCCGCGCCUUUUACAACUGCGGAGGCUUCAUCGUCAAUGCACUGCAGCCGAAAAUUGUGGGAAAGAAUGACUGGAACUGGGGAGCUAGGGGAGGCUUCUUCUGGGCUGGCGUCACGGUACUCUUCCUUACCUGGACUUUCUUGCGUCUCCCGGAGCCCUUCGGUCUCACGUACUCUGAGAUUGAUCUUCUCUUUGAGCAUCGCGUUGGCGCUCGCCACUUCUCGCAGGAAGCAGCCGACUCUCUCCGCCCGCAGCUUGAAGAAGUUGCCAACCGGCACGAGAAGCUGGCUGCUGCGGUUAGUCAUCAGGAGGCAUAG